UGGGAAACCAAUCGAUGAUGGUAAUCGCCCAAUCCAACACAAGUCUGGCGAUCCGACUCGCCUCCGCCGCCGCCAUCCGCCAGCACAAACACCGCCUAAUCUUUCUCCAGAACCGCUUCGUCCUCCCAUCCGCCGCGUCUUUCCACCGCCUGACGCUCGGCGCCGCGAGCGCGAGAGCGUUCUCAACGAACGAGGCUCCGUCCCCCGACGUCCAGAAGCUUCCGAGAAAACCGUCGGUAUGCACGGCCGACGAGCUCCACUAUGUAACGGCCAAAAAAUCCGACUGGCGGCUCGCGGUAUGGCGCUACAUUCCGCCGCCGCAGUCUCCCGCGAGAAAUCAUCCGCUUUUGCUGUUGUCUGGCGUGGGGACAAACGCCAUUGCAUAUGAUCUGUCUCCUGGGUCUUCUUUUGCCCGUUAUAUGUGUGGCCAAGGAUUUGACACUUGGGUUCUAGAAGUCCGAGGUGCUGGGUUGAGCAUGCAAGGCUUGGAUUGUAAAGUAGUUGAGGAGUCAGCUCAUACAAAAUCUGAACAAAUGGAAGUUGCUGCAGAAAAAAUGACCGAGGGCGCCUUGCCUGCAAACCAGCAGCCAUCCACAGUCUCGAGCAAUUCAGAUCAUCCGGAGAUAGCUGUGGUCAAUGAUGAACAAACUGGAGUUGCAAUAGCAAGGGAUGAAUCAAAACUCGUGUCAGAGUUUUCGGAAACUUUUACACGCUUGUCAGAGAGACUUUCUGGUUUUCUUAGUGAAAGUCAGUCAAAGAUUAUGUCGGCCAAAUUUUUCGAUCAAAUAUCAAACCUCUUUGAAGAUUCGUUUUUACUCGGACGCUUUAGAGAGAUAAAGGAAAAAGUUCUAAAUUUGCGGGACACUAAGCAAAACUUUGGUGUAUCUGGCCAGAUAAAGGAACUAAGUCAAAAGCUGGUUGAUAUCAUUGAUGAAGGUCAGCGUUCUGUGACACCCCAACUUUUUGAUCUGCAAGAGCGCCUACUCGUGACAAUAGAUGAUUUCCAGAAACAAUUGGACUUUAUUGUCAAAUAUGAUUGGGACUUCGACAAUUAUUUGGAAGAGGACAUUCCUGCUGUGGUGAGAUGGAAUAUAUACGGGCUCAGAGCAAACCAAAGGAUGGUCGGUUACUCGCAAUUGGUCACUCCAUGGGUGGUAUUUUACUAUAUGCGAUGGUAUCGCGAUACAGACAAAUGGUCCUCUAUGCUUCAGAUCUAUAAGUUACUGAGUUUCAUUUCAUCUGUAGAUGACUUCUGUGGUACCAACUCAUUAGCAGCUGGUUCCGAAGGUAGAGAUCCGGGAUUAGCCGCUAUCGGUACAUUGGCUUCUUCACUUGACUACACCACAUCUAAGUCAACACUCAAACUGCUUCUUCCCCUAGCUGACCCUGCUCAGUUUCUUAAUGUACCUGCUAUUCCUUUAGGAGCAUUGCUGUCUGCAGCUUAUCCUCUCUCUUCUCAUCCCCCUUAUGUCUUGUCAUGGAUGAAUGACCUUAUAUCAGCACAGGAUAUGAUGCACCCCGAGUUGUUGAAGAAGCUGAUCCUAAAUAGUUUUUGUACUAUCCCUGCUAAACUACUAUUACAGCUUACAUCUGCCUUUCGGGAAGGCGGACUUCAAAACAGAAGUGGUACAUUCUCUUACAAAGAUCAUAUUCAUAAGAGCAGUGUUCCCAUCUUAGCCCUGGCAGGGGAUCGGGAUUUAAUUUGUCCACCUGAAGCCGUAUAUGAAACUGUGAAGCUCAUUCCUGAGCAUUUGGUCACGUAUAAAGUUUUUGGUGAACCUAAUGGUGCUCAUUUUGCCCAUUACGACUUGGUGGGAGGACGUAUGGCCGUGGAACAAAUAUAUCCUUGUAUUAUCCAAUUUCUAAGCCGUCAUGACUCAGAUCAAUAAUCAGUGGAUUUUGAUAUUGCUGCUUACUACAACUAUCUCGAGGUAUAGAUCUAUUACACAAAUUUAAAAAAAAAAACCCUUGAGGCUUGGCGCAGUAAUUAAACUACGAACAAAUGUGAAGAGGAUUGUAUGUUUGGAAGAUUGAUUGUUCAUUCUUUUCUCUCUUUUCCUUGGUAAUUAUGCUAUGGUUUUGCAAUUAAUCUAAAUAUUUAUAAUCAUUCUUGUGAUGUUUACUAUGCCGUGAUGUCGGGUGUACUUGAUGACUAAUUAGCAACAUUUUUUCUCGGAUACACAUGAUGAAAUUCAAAUUGGCCAUCUGGACAUGACUUACUCGGAAGCCAUACUUAGA